UGGACAAACGCAGUCUGCAAAGGCCAUAAAUAUAUGAACGCAAUGCGUGUGAAUGAGUAUAAGGCAUAUGAAUUCGUCACCCCUCUACGAAGCUACUUCGAUGGCACCAUGGAGUCAGACUUCACAACGUGGGGUUGGAACGACGAGACCCCUACACUUACCUGGAAAACGUGUACCUUUGACAAGUUCGAACGGGCUUUCAGUGCGCUGGGUAUGAACUGGGCGUCGGACAAAACAGGAGGUGACAACCGGUGCUUUAGCAUUACACACUACGAUGGGCCUGCGAUAGAGAGAAAGCCCAAUGGACAACUCCCCUAUCCUGGCCAGCAGUACUAUAAGGUCCAUGGUCUGAGACACAGGGCGACUGGCGCCGUUGCACUUAUCGGCGUGAACAAUGUCGCUGGGGCAAUUCACUUCAUGAACCGCAAAAGCCCCUUGGAAGCCGCCAAAGAAUUGUGGGGCGUCGAGCAGAUUCCUCGGAUUCAGCUGCCGCUUCUAGGUGCCAGUUCCGACAUUGCAUGGGCAUUCUGGAACCGCGCCAUGGCGGGAAACCUGCAGAAUAUCAAUAAGUUCUUCUCGAUGAACAUAGAGAACCCAACCACGCAACUCCUCAUCGAGAGAGCCGUUGGGACGAUGGACGAAUUGCCGUGGCCGGGCAAAACAUUCCGUGCAGAUGAUGAGCGGUUUUACGCGCUCUUAGGUUCCCCCAACUCACUGGGUGCUGCCUGGUUUCUCAUCCAGCACAAGCGCCAGUUGGGUGGGAAUAAAAUCAUCACUAGCAUCACCGUGUUCCAUGGCGAAGGGAAGGAAGAUCCGACUAUGCUUCUCGAGGUUGGAUAUGGGCCA